UGUCAGAUCCUGCAAUUCUAGAAACGUCGAAUCUUCAUUUUCCUUCGAUUUGAAGCAAACUCGCAGCAAAGAGGGAAAUAGCAACGCAGAGACUAAAUUUGGAAUCGCACUGACUUUUUUCUGUUGCUCCAACUCAACCUGAUCUCUUGCUAAGCCCCGCUCAGCAAAUUGUGUGUUCGUGCACUUGUUUUCUGUGUUAAUUUGUACGAUAUAAGUCGAACGGAAGCCAACCAGUGCAAAGAUGUCGGAAAGCGACUGGGACACAGUGACCGUAUUGCGUAAAAAGGCUCCAAAAGCGGCCACACUAAAGACUGAAUCGGCCAUCAAUAAGGCACGCCGUCAAGGAAUUCCAGUGGAGACCACACAGAAAUUCAACGCUGGAACCAACAAACAGCAUGUUGCGGCUAAAAAUACAGCCAAACUGGAUCGCGAAACGGACGAACUGCGUCACAAAACGCUUGCACCAUCCGUUGCGAAGCUAAUCAUGCAGGGCCGUCAGGCGAAGGGACUGAGCCAGAAGGAUCUUGCUACGCAAAUUUGUGAAAAGCCACAAAUCGUUAACGACUACGAGGCGGGCCGUGGCAUUCCAAACAACUUGAUCUUGGGCAAAAUCGAGCGUAUCAUCGGCAUUAAGCUGCGCGGUAAGGAUAUCGGCACACCCAUGCUGCCUCCCGGUAAGAAGUGAGAUGUCGGGAGGCAGUAGAAUCGCUCGUCUGCUCGCUGGUUCUUCUCAACGCACCUGUGUACAGCGCACCAACAAAGGCGGGAGGCCCCAUUUAAUAGUUGUAACGUUUAAGAGAAGCACUGCGGGGUGAAGCACCAUAACUUUUUUGGCGGCGGUGUAAUGCAGGGAAAGGCGAAAACCGACUGAAAAUGCUAUAUCACCACUGUGUAGACACGAUCAUUUACGGCGAGAAGAAGUUCAGGCCUCCCUAAAUCAGUGCAGCACCACUCGGUACGGUGAGCGGUAGUGGCACAGCUUUCGAAAAUAACACUUGAUACUGUAAACAUGCCGCCGUGUGUUUGGUGUCAUGGGAACAGCAACAGAGAUACAGAACGCAUUUUGCCGCUUCAUUAAAGAAGUCGGGAAAUAAAAAUAUUUAAAUCGGCAUUUUCUUGUAGAAGUACGCACGAUGAUGAUUGUAUGGCUAAGGCUUGCGGUUUCGCGUCGCAUCACACUCAAACUGAAUGUUUAAAACCUUUUCCAAUUUAAAUGCAAACCAGUUUGAUUGGUACAAAUUUCAGCAGUUCAGCCAAAUGUGUAUUGUGUAGAAUAAAGCGUCAUUCGAUGUUCUUUUUUUGUUAAUGGAGUAAAUUACUCGCGAGUCGCAGACUACAGACCACGAAAGCAAUUUUAUAGGACGCUGCUGCUGUUGAACGGGUUGUUGUAGCCUCAACGAAUCAUCAUGCAUCUAUUGGACUUUUGCUGUAUAACAUUUGAUUUUGAAAUAUACUUGUGCUCAUUACUCUCUACUUCCAAGUAA